AAAGUAAAGAACAAAAAACAUUUAUGUUUUUGAAAUGAACAUUAAAUCAUACCCUCCUCUCUUCAGGCCACAUAGCAAUCUAACCCAGAACAUUGACCCUGAUGAACGCAUCGAACAUAUCGAAGAUUUGGAUCCUAUCCCUGUCAUAGACCUUCAAUGCCUGGAGAAGCUUGAUGGGGCCUGUAAAAAUUGGGGUCUCUUUCGUUUGGUUAACCAUGGGGUGCCUUCAACACUUCUAAGCCAAAUCCAGGACCAAGCCAGAAAGCUUUUCUCCCUCCCAUUUGAGCAUAAACAGGCCGUUAUAAGCAGUCCUCUAUCUUACGUUUGGGGAACUGUAUUCCUUAGCUCAUCAGGGGCUGCCGUGAGAAGUUCGCAGGAUAUGUUCAAUUGUUGGGCGGAAGUCAUCAAUUUUCCUGUCACUCAACUCUCACAGUUCCAAACUCAAGAUUCCUUGCUUGACUCUUUCAGACAUCAAGUGGAAGAAUAUGGAAAACAUCUCGCUAGAAUUGCUAGAACUAUCUUCCAAGUUAUGGCGAAAAACCUCAAUCUAGAUCCAAGGCAAUCCGAAUCAUAUUUAGAAGAAUCAACUGCAUUUAUUCGUGCUCACCGAUACCCUCAAAUUUCUGAAGGUAAGCAAGCUUGGGGUGCAGGACCGCAUAGAGACGGCUCUCUUUUUUCAAUUUUGAGCCAAGAUCAAAUUGGAGGAUUGGAAGUUUACGAGGACAACAAAUGGUUUCCUGUGAAACCCGUUGCCAACACCUUGCUCAUCAAUCUUGGUGAAAUGAUGAAGGCUAUAAGCGAUGACAGGUACGUCAGUGCGAAGCAUAGAGUGAGGGUGUACAAGCAAGAAGAUCGAAUCUCGGUAAAUUACUUUGUGUUUCCAGAUUUUGACUGUGUUAUCCGAAGCUCUAAGUACAAGCCUUUCACUUACAAUGAAUUUCGAGCACAAGGACAAAAGGAUAUUGAAUCCUUGGGAUUCAUAGUUGGCCUUGAAGGUUUCAAGCUUAGUAAAUAGGAUUAUAAUUAAGUCUCUAUUGGCUUAAUGAUUUCAGUUUGUGAUGAUGGUUGAAGCUCUACGUAUAAGCUUUUCAGUUACAAUUAAUGAAUUUCGAGCAUAAAGAUUGAAAGAUAUUGAGUCCUGGGAUUCGUAGUUGGCUUGAAGGUUUCAAGCGUAGUAAAUAGGAUUCUAAUUAAGCCUUGGCUUAAUGAUCUCAUUUUAUGAUGAUGGCUGAAACAAAUAUCAAUAAUCAGACAUCUUUCUUCUU